AUGGCGGGUAGCACAACGUCUCCGGCGCUCGAGAGCGGCUUGAAGGCUUUUGGCGACCGCUUUCCGCACCCGUUCACGACCAACAAUGAGCUGGGUUACGGAAGCUUGACGCUGCCGGGCAGGGAUCGACCGAGGACGCUCGUGGAGCUGCUAAUGUGCAAGCUUUCAUCGACGAUACGAGAAAAGCCGAGAUGGCACGAGAAGUUCCAGGACCCGGCGGUUCAGCAAAAGUGGAGGGAGGAGGUUCUUGAGCAGCAAGGGGUGUCGGUGCCCAGAAACCUAGCGUUGACGCCAAAUAUGAUCAACUAUGUGCUCGGGGAAUUGACCGCAUACGCGUCAUUGAGGGAUCCCGAAACGGGGAUAGAGGUAGGCCCCUACGACCGCAUUUGGAAGUCGGAUGAGCUGGUACCGGAGGACCUCCGCCUCGAGCUCCUGGAUGCGAUCUCUCCGUUGGAGAACGUGCCCGAAGAUGAGAGGGACUGGCAUCCCCGUUCCAAUGGUCAGGUCCUCGACCUAGUUCAUCCAUCCCUGUACCCGAUCGUUUACGGUACGACCUUUGACACUUCCGGAAACCGGGUGCGUGCCCCGGUUCCAGAAGGCGAUGCAGAGGAAGAGGACGGAUUCCUGUCCGAAUUAUUUCAAUGGAUACCUUCCGACUUUGCCUUCAAAGAGGACAAGAGGACCAUAGAGCUCGUCUCGCCAUACAUCAACAACGUCCACCCGUCGGACCACAAGAAACUCUACGAUGUCAUCCCGAAGCUGCUCGAGAGAGCCGUGCCCAUGUUCGACCGGGUGUUGUCGGACCUACGAAGGGAGAUCGAGUUGCCGUUCAGAGUGGGGCCCAGCAAUGGACCUGAUUGUAUUUGGCCGGGAGAGGCAAGCGAAAACGUAUAUGGCGAAGAUCUUGAUUGGAACAAUCUGCAUUGGCCUCUGCUCUCUACGCAUGAACUCAGGUUUCCCGACGCGCCCUCCGAGUACAACGGUGGCUUGGACGACGUAAAGCUCACCGAGCACCUAUCCAAUUGGAGGGGCUUUCAGGUGAUUGUUAAGCUUGCAAACAUAAUGCUCACUCCGGAGAAACCUGCAUACGAAGGGGGUAGUUGGCACGUGGAAGGCAUGAAGAACGAAAGCAUAGUUGCCUCCUUCAUAUACUAUUACGACUCCGAAAACAUCACGGAAUCUAGUCUCGCCUUCCGAAAUGCGACGGCUGAGCCGGACGACCAUCAUCAGCACGACUUCGAAUGCAUGUGGCUCCUGUACAAAUACAAGCAGUGGGAAGCUACCUCUCAGGAGAUCGGUGAAAUCCCGACGAAACAGGGACGCACGAUCGCGUUCCCGAACAUUUACCAGCACAACGUGGGCAAAUUCGAGCUCAUCGAAAAGUCGAAGCCGGGGCAUCGCAAGAUAUUGGUCUUUUUCCUCGUCGACCCCACAACGACCGUGCCCAGCGCCUCUACGGUGCCCGCACAGAGGAAGGACUGGAUCCAGCGCGCCGUCGUCGAGGCUACGGCAAACCCGAGAUCGCUGUGGUCAAGAUUGCCUGCGGAGAUUAUCGACAUGAUUCUGGAGUACGUAUACUCUUAUGCGAUAUCUUCGGAAGAUGCGGUGCGGAUUCGGGAGGAGUUGAUGAAUGAGCGCACUCAAUUCGUCGAAUUCGUCGAUGGCCAACGGUUUAACCACCCUUUCAAUCUGUGUGAGCAUUGAUAUGACGGAGAUUAUACUCUACCUAUUGGUGGAUGUGCCAUGUAUAGGGUAUUGAUGCUCAUGCCCGAUAUCAAAGCCCGGGAAGCUUGAAACAAAGGCGCUCCCUCAAUUUAUAGAAGUGACAAACGU